CCGGCGUGUCGGGCGGUCAUGUGGGCGGCAGUAGACGAGCUGGCCACUGGUCCCUCAAGCCAAGCGAGCCCAGCUGCCUAGAACCGGGACUAUCUAUCCCGUCCCCGACUCAGAGGCGGUGGUCGUGUCCUCUCAGGACCAACAACAGAUAUGAGGCUGGUCAUCCUUGAAGACUACGACUCGGCCAGCGAGUGGGCGGCCAAGUACAUCCGCAACAAAAUCCUCCAGUUCCGGCCGACCGCUGAGCGACACUUCACCCUGGGCCUGCCCACCGGGAGCACCCCGUCUGGCUGCUACAAGAAGCUGAUCGAGUACCACAAAAGUGGGGAUCUGUCUUUUAAGUACGUGAAGACCUUCAACAUGGACGAGUACGUAGGUCUGCUGCGUGCACAUCCGGAGAGCUAUCACUCUUACAUGUGGAACAACUUCUUCAAGCACAUCGACAUCGAUCCAGCUAAUGCACACAUUCUAGACGGCAACGCACAGGACCUGGAAGCAGAAUGCCAGGCCUUUGAGCAGAGGAUUACGGAGGCUGGAGGAAUCGAGUUGUUUGUAGGAGGUAUUGGCCCUGACGGCCACAUUGCUUUUAAUGAGCCAGGCUCCAGCCUCGUUUCCAGGACCAGAGUGAAGACACUAGCCAAGGACACCAUUGUUGCAAAUGCCCGCUAUUUUGGCAACAACCUCUCCAAGGUUCCCACCAUGGCCCUGACUGUGGGUGUAGGAACUGUCAUGGAUGCCAGAGAGGUGAUGAUUCUGAUCACAGGAGCCCACAAAGCCUUUGCGCUGUACAAGGCCAUAGAGGAGGGAGUGAACCACAUGUGGACCGUGUCUGCCUUCCAACAGCAUCCACGCACUAUUUUUGUCUGCGAUGAGGAUGCGACACUGGAGCUGCGAGUCAAGACAGUCAAGUACUUCAAAGGGUUAAUGCACGUGCACAACAAACUGGUGGACCCGGUGCUCAACAUGAAGGAAAAAUAACCCUGAGUAGGUCACUGGGGAGGAGAAUUUGGGACAUUAAAAGGCCAGUGGAUGGCCGGCGCUAGAUGAGAGGCGGAGCCUAUCAGUUUGGUUUUCUCUUAAAUAGUGGAGCAGUUGUUAUGGUGUCGGCUGGCUGCUUCACCUUCCAUGAUUGUUCCACGUGCUCGUGUUCUCACCAGGUCAUCUUGCGGUCAGUAUGGAGACUCCUUCCCUCAGAGGGCGUCUGAGAAGGUAUUCUUUCUUUCUUUUUUCCUGUAUUUCCCUCCCUUUUUCUCCCCAGUUGUCAAUUGUACCUGUCCAAUUACCCCACUCUUCCGAGCCGUCCCGGUCUCUGCUCCGCCCCCGCUGCCGAUCCGGGGAGGGCUGCAGACUACCACAUGCCUCCUCCGAUACAUGUGGAGUCACCAGCCGCUUCUUUUCACCUGACAGUGAGGAGUUUCACCAGGGGGACGUAGCGCGUGGGAGGAUCACACUAUUCCCCCCAGUUCCCCCUCCCCCCUGAAUAGGCACUGCCACCGACCAGAGGAGGCGCUAGUGCAGCGACCAGGACACAUACCCACAUCUGGCUUCCCACCUGCAGACACGGCCAAUUGUGUCUGUAGGGAUGCCCGACCAAGCCGGAGGUAACACGGGGAUUCGAACCAGCGAUCCUCGUGUUGGUAGGCAACGGAAUAGACCGCUACGCUACCCGGACGCCCCGAUACUUUGGUUUGUAUGUUUAACUUAAAUUCCAUUCCCGUGUUCCUCACAGUUUGACACUGCUGCCCUUUGUACAAGUGGACAGCUAGCAGCUGGGCAGUAAUUCUCUGCAUGUUGGUGACUUCAGUGAUCAUACCUGGAGAGAAUUAGCUGUUCGUCAGGACCUUCGCAGGCGAGUGACUCUCCUAAAGCAAGACGAGAGCAGUGAACCCUACAAAGGGGAUCAAAACUCCAUCAUAUUUUGAGGAAGCCAACUUGUACAACAGCGUCCACUACUGUUGUCCCAAAAAAAUGCCGAGAUCGUGUGGUCAUAAGAAAUUGGCUUCUUAAAAAGUAUAAGAUGAUACCGCAAACUUUUCACUCAGACACACACCGGAGGCAGAAAAAGCAGCCUCCCUCUGAGGAGAAUACAUCUAUCUCCUUAUCCGAAUAUCCAAGUACACACUCGAACACGUUUUCGAUGGGUGUCGGGACUCCGCCGAGGUCGUCCCUCGUCUCCGAUCCAGUUUGUGAUAACCGUUUUGUAAUUUUUUAUGAUGAAAUACAUGACAAAUCCAUACAAUGUUGUCUCCACUGUCAACAAUAUUUGACAGAAAAUUAAAUAAGUAAAUGUGUAAUGCAGGCCAACUGAGAGACUCGCAGGGUACCAAGUGUGUCUGCAAAACUUGUGUAUUUGCGAAUGUCAUUUCAUUUGCACAGUUGAUGGUUUACACCCACCAUGUGUCAGGUUGAUGUAAGUUAGAGUUUCUGAGCCGGUAUUAUGUGAUUUUAUUUGGUUUGCACAAAUGAGAGAACAUGCCAGGGAGCACAUGUCAUGAUCAUGUGAACAAUGUGUAUGUACAGUUGUAAGUGUAUUGUAAUCCGUUUUAACAUUUCCUCUGUGACUGCAGCAUCAUUCCAGCACACUUUAAUCAUUGUUUUUGCACCGGUAAUGUCGCUAAUUCUUAAAUGUUCUGUGAACAAUAAAACAUUGUAUUGAUAUUGAACAUGGAUAAAUUACGUUUUCAGUGUCAUGUAUUUAAUUACAAAGGCUGGCUAGAGGCAUGUUUGAUAAGGAAGGAUCAGAGAUGUUCAAUGCCGGGAUGAUUAUGCUGCAGCAGGAGGGCGUAACUACAGUUUAACACAAGUCCAUGUAGUUCCUCAAGUAUACACUGUGGGUCAGUCAUCCACCGCUCUUCUGAACUAGCAGCACAGCUCAUUUGGUAAGUUAUCAAUGUGUGAACACUGUAUAGUCCUUCAGAUCUUUAACACUGGUCCAGUUGUAAUGCGUUUGCUGCUGCUGUUUUCCCUCCGUGCAGCGCAGAAGAACCGUUAUUAAUUUAUAUGCCAUCAAAAACUUGUUCUUACAUUUCUAGGUGGUCUUGCCUCGAAAGAAUUUGUUUUAGAUGUUCUUCUCGAUGAUGCCUGGUCAUGUUAUCCCUCCUUCCGGUUUUAACAUGUGCCUGCACACUGUGUUUAAUGACA